AUGGCUGGAAAACCACAAAACCUGAAUGCUUUUCUCUUCCUGCAAAAGAUCCUGCUCACGAAAACUUGGAGUAAAAUAUACUUGCAGAGAAAAGCUAGCAACUCCCAUGGAUUCCAACCACAAUUCAACAAGUACCCUUUUCUUGCAAAUGGGCUAGAAACGCAUUCAGACAAAGCAUUGAUGUUUCAUACGGAGGGGGCACUGUUGAAAUCAUCUUCAGUCUUCUCUUACUUCUUUCUGGUAGCCUUUGAAGCUGGAGGGCUCUUAAGAGCUUUCAUUCUGUUUCUUUUGCACCCUAUCAUUUGUUUGGUUGGUAAGGAAUGGGGGCUGAAGAUUAUGGUUUUUGUUUGCUUUGUCGGAUUGAAGGAGGAGAGUUUCAGAAUCGGAAGAACUGUGUUGCCCAAGUUCUUCUUAGAGGAUGUUGGGAAUGAAGGCUUUGACAUGGUGAUGAAAUGUGGUGGUAAAAAAAUAGGAGUGACUGAUAUGCCUAGAGUUAUGGUGGACUGCUUUUUGAAAGAUUACUUGAGGGUUGAGGCUGUUGUCGGGAGAGAGUUGAAGGUGGUUUGUGGGCAUUUUGUAGGCUUGAUGGAGGAAAAGAAGCCAAGCAGUACUGCUUUCCUGGAACUGGAUGAGCUUCUUGGGAAGGAGAACAUGGACUCAUCUGUUAUUGGCAUCAGUUGCUUCAACAACUCCCUUGAUCAACAACUCUUUUCUUGUUGUGAGGUUCUUUACAUGGUAAGUGAAGCUGACAAGAAGAAUUGGCAGGCCCUUCCCAGGGAGAAAUAUCCAAGACCAUUGAUUUUUCACGAUGGAAGGUUGGCUUUCAGGCCAACUCCACUUGCUAGUUUACGGAUGUUCAUGUGGAUUCCAUUCGGAAUUUUCCUACUAAUUGUUAGAGCAACAGUCGGGUGCCUGAUUCCAUACAAGUUUUCUACGCCAUUCUUAUGCUUUACAGGGCUUACAGGCACCUUAAUCAGGCCAAGCUCCUUCCCUGACCGUGCUGAUGAUGAACAAAAACAAGGGGGUGUGCUCUAUGUGUGCAACCACAGAACUCUGCUUGAUCCAAUCUAUGUUUCAAUUGGUCUUGACAAACCUUUUAAUGCAGUCACAUACAGUUUAAGUCGGAUGACAGAGCUGUUGGCACCAAUUAAGACAGUUCGGUUAACAAGAAACAGGGAGGAAGACUCCAAGAUGAUUGGAAAGCUACUGAAACAAGGUGAUCUAGUUAUCUGUCCUGAAGGAACCACUUGCAGGGAGCCGUAUUUACUUAGGUUUAGUCCUCUAUUUGCAGAGAUAACAGAUGAGAUAGUCCCUGUUGCCAUAGAUUUCCAAGUAAGCAUGUUCUAUGGAACAACAGCCAGCGGGUUCAAAUUCUUAGACCCCUUUUUCUUGCUCAUGAAUCCGACAAGCCACUGCUCUGCCAGCAUCCUCGAGAAGUUACCGAAAUCUCUUACAUGUCAAGGAGGAGGGAAAUCAAAGUUUGAGGUAGCCAAUCGUGUCCAGGCAAUAAUUGCGAAAGCCUUAAAUUUUGAAUGUACAUCUUUGACUAGAAGAGACAAGUACAUGAUCUUGGCAGGCAACCAGGGAAUAGUCUAGCAAAUCCCUCAGGCCGGCAAUAAACUAAAAUCCAAAUCUUCUUAAAAAGUUGGUUUUUUCCCAUUUAUUUUUCUGUGUGGAAUGUUAUUCUAUGAAAGACAAAGGGUGGGCAUUUGGGUAGUUGAAAAUUAAUGUUAACUGAUGAUGUGUAAUUCGAUUUUUUUUUUCUGUUUAUGAUGAUGAGAUCAUAUCUGAUAUCAGAAUAUCUUAAACCAUGAGUUGGAAACA